UUGGCCCAACCCCAGCGACAGAGCAGACGGGGGAUGACGACAGCGCGUAAAUCGGCAUCUGGACACGAGAGGUGCUCUGGCUGCGCGCUCAGGAGGGUGAACACGAGUGUUUCCCAGCCCGACUGCCCCGCGGCUCCACGUCCAAGGGACCAGGAAGCUUUGGUUACGCGGCGUGAGCUGUCGGUCGGAAUCGGGAGAGGAGUGCUCUGCUGUGUCUCACCAUCUCCUCGGAUCCGGCGCAUGUCGUGCCAUCCUCGCGUCUUUGCAGCGCGGGGAACUUUUGCGGGGCCGGUGAGUCGGAUUUGACCUGUCAAAAGUGCCAAGAGAGACGGAGAAGUUCGCCCAGUGGCAAUGUCCACGACGCCCCUCAGCUCCCCGGCGCCGAACCGGAGCGACCUGCACACCGCCACCUACGACAGGACGCACGCCUCGGAGGUGAGCCGGCAGAUCCGCCUGCUGCUCUUCGGCUCGUGCUUGACCCUCGCCGCCGCCACCUUCGCCGGAGGUGCGUACUCACUGCUCUGCCUCCUGCGGAUGCGGAGAAGAACCUCCCUGUGUCUCAUCGUGGGCUCCAUGUCGGUGGACGACCUGCUCAGCGUGGUGCCCCUCUCCCUGUUCAUGCUCCUCCAGUGGGACGCCGAUGGGGCUGCGGGCUCGAGCCGCCUGUGCACCUUGUCCGGACUCCUCUACGUGUUCCAGGGGGUCUCCAGCAACAUGAAGGCUUGCCUCAUCGCAGCCCACACUUUUUAUGUCACCAAGAGGUCUGGGGCGCUCCGGUCCGCCCGCCGGCCCGUGAGGGUGAUGUGGGCGAUCGCCUGCGUCUGGGCUGUGAGUCUGGCCGUCAGUGUGUUACCCGUGUGCGGAUGGGGCAGCUUUACGCCGGCCUCUCUCGGGUGCUUCCCUGAAAGCGAGGGCUUUUACAGCCUGCUGCUCUUCUCUCUAUACUCCCUGUGCUUCUGCGGCUUGCUCUUCUUCUUUACCCCCCUCACCUACCAGCUGCUGUGCUCCAGGGAGCCCCAGAGGACGUUGCUGUACCCCGGCCGUCUGGACACGUCGAGGGGGGCGCUGAGCGGCUCAGCUCCCCUCCGCGAUCUCCACUCGUUCUCCCGGGACAGCCCUCACAAAAGUUUCGGUGCCUACAACGAGCUGAGUCCACGCUCGGGCGUGACCGAGCUCGGGGAGGCGGAGGGCGGCGGCAUGUCCCCGGUAUCCGUCAACGGACAGAGGACAGCUGCUGUCGGGGACAGCCCGGUGGUGUUCGCGCAGAAGCGCUUCUCCAUGAUCCUGGCGCUGGUCCGGGUGGUUUUAUGGAUGCCAAUGAUGACUUUGGUUCUGGUGCGCCACGCGCUGAAUACACACAGCUCGUCCCUGGAGACCCUGAGCUUCUUUCUCACUCUGCUCGCCCCUGCGGUCACUCCGUUAUUCAUGCUGUCUGAGCGCUGGAUCCACAUGCCGUGUGGCUGCUUCAUUAACUGCAAACGGGAUCCAGCACAGGAGCCCUCAGUGAUGAAAAGAAGAUUUGAGUUUAAUCUUUCCUUCCGGCAAGGCUAUGGCGUGUACAAGCUGUCACAUGCCACCAUGUCUCAUAACAGUCUGCCCAUUGAGAAGCCAGCGUAUCACAGCCUCUUCAACUGUGACUUCCCUAGUAUCCGCCUUGAUGCACUCGAAAGUGGCGGGCUCUCCAGCCUGGCGCCUGGUUUUGAUUUCAGCACCACAUGCCCAGUGGACAGCUCCUCUCAUGCCGACCUUCUGUUGGAAGCAGAGGCCGGAGGAGGCGAGGCGCUGGCCGAUUGUCCUCCACUUCCAGAUGACGAUGAUGACUUCUGCUGUGUCCCUUUGGUGCCUUCUCAUCACCGGGAGCAGGAACACAAUCUCACUGACACGUCGUCUGUGUUCGAGGGGCCAGAGAGGAGGCUGUCGCAUGAGGAGUGUCGCAAAAUCGAGCUGACAGACUGGGAGUGGUGCAGGAGUAAAUCAGAGAGAACCCCCAGACAGCGUCCUUCAGGUGGCCUAUCAAUCCCCUUGUGCGCCUUCCAGGGCACCGUAUCUCUGCAAGCACCCACAGGAAAGACCCUCUCUCUCUCCACCUAUGAGGUCAGCAGUGAUGGACUCAGAAUAUCACCAAACAAUGCCAAGAAGGUGGAAGUGUAUCGCUCCAAAUCAGUCGGCCAUGAGCCCAGUGCAGACGACGCAGCAGCAGGAAGCCAGGCCAGGGACAUAAAUGUCAGCGGCGUAGAGAUGGGCAUGGAGAUUGGAAUGGGGAUGGGGAUCGGAGCAGUGGUGGGGGACACCAAUGUCAAGAUUCACCUUGAGGUUCUGGAGAUCUGUGACAAUGAGGAGGCCCUGGACAGUGUCUCCAUCAUCUCCAACAUAAGUCAAUCCUCCACCCACGCUCGAUCACCAUCAUUGCGUUACUCACGGAGGGAGAACCGCUUCGUCUCCUGCGACCUGGGCGAGACGGCUUCCUACUCCCUGCUCAUCCCCAGCGGUGGCAACCCCGAGACAGAGACCAUCAAUAUCACUAUACCUGACACUGUAGAGGCUCACCGCCAGAACAGCCGACGACAGACACAGGAGAGCUCGGGGUAUCGUGAAGAGAUACAGCUGCUCAACGAGGCCUACAGAAAGCAAUCUGGGGAGGGGGAAGAGGGACAUCCUUAACCAGAUGGUGGCGGUUGGAGGAGGAGGUUGAAAGAGAACCACCAAAGAUGAAAGACAAAUUUCCUAAUGAUUCCACGUUCACUUAUUUCUGUUCACCAAACUGACAGAUGACCAGAAUAGAGACUUAGAUAAAUACUGUUAUAAUAAAUAGUCUGUUUGCCCACUCUUGUACUUCCUCUUUAGGUGGUAUCAUGAGACCACUUGCGCCAUCUGUGUGUAGAGAGAUAGUUCAGCUUGUGAAAGAACAUACAGUAGUAAAUCAGACGGAGGGAUUGCACGAAAGGAAGGAGAGCACAGGAGAAAGAAACAGUAUUCCAGCAGAGCGUCUGUAUUCAUGCCAAGACUGUGUGGCAGGCUGUUGUCAUGAAGUGGAUACAUCAAGAGAGAAAGUCACGUAGACAUGUAAGAGGAGGGGCCACGGUCUGCAUGUCCGAUAUGGAGCAGCUUCUGUAGACCACGUCACCAGUGACUCAGCUGUGAGGGGAGGGUCACCUGACCCAUGUGUCUGACUCAUCCCAGUGUAAUGUGUUGUGCAUUGUGUGUGUGAGAAGUAGCCUUGCCCAUAAGAAGGUAUACCUAAGAAAGUAGUGGUUUGUGGUGUCAAAUACCAAAAUUAUUCAAACUUUUCUCUUAUACGAAUGUGUUAAUUCUGUGUUUUGCUUUGCGCCCAGCUGCUACGUCCAUCAUUUAUUACACAAUUAAUGUAUCUGUACUAUCAACUUACACAGGUAGACCACUAUCCAUGCUGAAAAUCUGACAAGGAGAGGAGAGAGAAAAAGGGAGGAGAGUCAAGCGUUUGAGGGAGAGUAGAAGUGAUUAUUGAAGAAGAGGUUGAAGGGAUGCUUAUGCAGAGCGGUUUUCUGCCUCAUGCACAUUCAGUGCAAUUUACAUGAGUGACGGUGUGCAUAUUUUACUAGGCAGCAUUUGAAUGUUCAUUCCUGUUCCACUUUGGGAUCAUCUCGCUGCCUGCUCAGUUCACUGUGCGUCCAAUCAAUGAGCCAGAGGGGCCUCUCACUUUCAGUUCAAUCUAAAAUCAGGAUUGUGCAUUUUAGCACCACUCUGAAUGCUGAGAUGGACUGUGAACCGAAGCAGACACAUAUUUCAAUGACAAUUUGAGUAUAUCAAUCAUUACUUACAUCUACAUUUACACGUCCAUGUGUCUGUACAAACAGAGGUAACGUAAUUAAAUAAAUAUUAUAGACUAAUUUUAGACUAUAUGUGUAUUAGUUUCGGAUGGUGUCUUUUAUAUAUCAGCUGUUUGGUUGCUUACUGUUCGAUACAGCAUUGGCACUAUGUGGACUUCGUUUGCAGGCUUUUAUCCUUUAGUGAGACCACUUCAUCAGCUGCAACAUGUCACAUCCUCCUGAAGAGCGUGGUCAUUAAAGAUUCAUACCAGAAAAUUGCCUCCAACAAGGUUACCAUGCGUUUCUGUUUUCGAGUGCUCCUGUGCCAAAGGUAAAAGAAAGUAAUCUACAGGCGUAUGAAUCAUAAUACAUGUGAAGCUUUGUACUUGAUGUCCAACCAAUUCAGCCGUUAAUGGUGCCAAAGGUUUUCAGCUGAGCGGACCUUCAUCUCUGCAGCCUAACGCAGUGGAAGUAAUUUGAUCAUCUGCUUAUUCUCACGUUUCAACAGGGCGAUGGUUCAACUUCUGGGCAAAUAGUCUCAAAACCAUGUUUAUCAAUAAUCUGUACUGUCUUGUUUGUCUGGAGUUUAGGAUUUGCACCUUAGCUGUACAAGUUUACUAAUUCACGUCAACCAUCUUAACUGAUAAGGUGAUGCACAAAAUACUGAAAUGGGAUUCCUUUUUACAGAAUAAAUGCAAAUAAAGCAUGAUAAGUAACUACUUAAGAGACUGACCUACAUAGUGUGCAACCAUCAGUGGUUGUUGUGCCCGUAGGAUGGGAGCCAUGUGACUAAUCCACAACAGCUGUAUAUGACAGCAUAUUUUUUCACAGUGCUCUUAUCAGUGAUUAAGCUGACCGAAGUAAAUCUGUAAAAAAAAACAUUUUCAAAGCAAGGUUUUAAGAAUGAUUCGCUAUUUUUCAUCUGUGUGCAUAUGCAGAUAUUUAGUGGUGAAGUCUUUGCAGAAGGAGAGUGACUUGAAAUAAAGUAGUCAGAUAAAAUGGAGACAAGAGCACAUGGCAGCAUAAAACAAGUACGGUUAUAUGAAAACUAAUUAUCAAAGGCCAGCAGCUAUUCUCAUUGUUUUCUCUCUGAUCUCACAACUCUCUCAUUAUGGUAAAACAAUACAGUAAGGUGCAAGUACGCCUGGAUCAGAACGUGGCAUCAAUGGCACUGCUUGAAGCAUCCAGUUCAUCGCAUGCACCUUCAUUGAGUACCGCAUGCAUUAUUGAAGAUGUAAGCCAAAGCCAGGAGAGAAGAACCAACAAAAGUUAAAACAUGGUGCUUUUCAUCGAAAGGUUUUUCAUCUUAGGUAAAUGAUUCAUUGGGGUCAGAGAUAAUUUGUAUGCAUCACAGGUAGUCCUGCAGGUGCAAAAGAAUGGUGCAUUCAGGACUGUAUGUGUGUGAUAGGACGUGGGGGUUCAGAAGAGUGCUCUCUCCUAUAAUAUCCUCGAUUUCUACGACCCCUCCACCCCUCAGAAGGCUCUCUCGUAUUACUUUCUCUCCUCACACAUCUCGGCUUCAUUCUGAGCAUGUGUUUAUACUUUCAUGUUCUAUUAUCUCAUUAUUUUCCUGC